AUGUCGAAGUGGCUGCUUCUUAAAUUUUGGGUGACUUUACCAAUGAUAUGUUUGGGCCAUGUAACAUUUACCAACCUUAACUGCAGUUCGCAUGACUUGGACUUUGUGAGUUUUCCCACGUGUCGCAUUAAAGCGGUUAACCGAACCCAUAAGUAUAUAAGUAUAUACGCGAAAAUAAAUCAGCUUCCCAUUGUUGAUGCUAGGGUAAAUGUUAAAUACAAACGCUUUGAUAAUGGAUACAAGCCAUUUUUUUUCGAUCUAUCCUACGAUGCCUGCUCCUUCUUGAAAGACCAGAAAAAUAUAUUUGUUAAAACGUUAUAUAAAACUUUCCAACGCAAUUCCAACAUGAAUCACACCUGUCCCUAUUAUCAUGAUAUUAUAGUGGAUAAACUAUUUACCGGAAAUCUCGAGAAGGAAUACGGAAGAUUUAUAGUAAUACCAAACGGAGAUUAUGCAAUAUACACCGAGUGGAUCGUAAGUAAAGUUGCACGAGCAUCAGUAAAAAUAUAUUUGAAUAUAUUGAAUAAGUAA